AUGGCCAUUCCAAAAGCUUACUACUCUUUAGCCAUCCUUGUCAUUCUCUUUGCCGUUACGAGUUGCCAAAAUGUCUGCAAUCCAGCAUGCAAGGCUAAAGAACCCUUCAACUGCGACAAUAUUCUUACAUUCAACCGAACUGGAUUCCCAAAGAAUUUCACUUUUGGUGCGGCUACUUCUGCAUACCAGAUAGAGGGUGCUGCACAUAGAGCACUCAAUGGAUGGGACUAUUUCACUCAUAGAUAUCCAGAAAAAGUUCCAGAUCGUAGUUCUGGAGACCUUGCUUGUGAUUCGUAUGAUCUUUACAAGGAGGAUGUCAAAUUACUAAAAAGAAUGAAUGCUCAAGCAUACCGACUCUCGAUAGCUUGGUCAAGGGUCUUACCAAAGGGAAGACUGACUGGAGGAAUCGACGAGAAUGGGAUAACAUACUACAACAAUCUCAUUAACGAGUUAAAAGCAAAUGGCAUAGAACCAUAUGUGACUAUAUUUCACUGGGAUGUUCCCCAAACUUUAGAAGACGAAUACGGAGGCUUCUUAAGCCCACGUAUAGUGGAAGACUACAAAAACUAUGCUGAGCUUCUAUUUCAAAGAUUCGGAGACAGAAUCAAAUUUUGGAUCACUUUAAACCAGCCUUACUCUCUCGCAAGCAAAGGUUAUGGAGAUGGAUCGUAUCCACCAGGACGGUGCACUGACUGUGAAUUUGGAGGAGAUUCAGGAACCGAACCUUAUAUAGUUGCACAUCACCAACUUCUGGCUCAUGCAGAAGCUGUAUCUUUGUACCGAAGAAGAUAUCAGAAAUUCCAAGGUGGUAAGAUUGGAACAACCCUGAUCGGAAGAUGGUUCACCCCAUUAAACGAAACUAGCAUUCUCGACAAGGCCGCUGCAAAACGAGCAUUCGAUUUCUUCGUCGGAUGGUUCUUGGAUCCAUUGGUGUACGGAGACUAUCCAAAGAUAAUGCAAGAGAUUGUUGGAGAUAGAUUGCCUAAAUUCACAAGUCAAGAAUCAGCUUUAGUUAGAGGAUCACUUGAUUUUCUAGGGUUGAACUAUUACGUUACACAAUAUGCGACCGAUGCAUCUCCUUCUAUUCCGACUCAACCUAAUGUCUUAACCGAUCCACGAGUUACUAUCGGAUUUUAUCGCAAUGGAGUACCUAUUGGUGUUCAGGCACCAAGCUUCGUCUACUAUCCUCCAGGGUUCCGCCAGAUUCUAAAUUACAUCAAAAACAACUACAAAAACCCACUUACCUACAUCACCGUUUCAGGAGUUGCUGAUCUUGAUUUGGGAAACUUAACACUGGCAAAUGCUCUUGCCGAUAAAGGGCGAAUUCAAAAUCAUUGCAGCCAUCUUUCGUGUCUCAAAUGCUCCAUCGAGUGA